GUACUUCAUACAUUUCGUAAAUUCGUAUUUGUACGCGUAGUCGCGCUGCUCGCAGUGUCGACUGUGUCGGCGUCAUUCACACGGUGUGUAUACAAGUUCGGUACGAGCAGCCGCACCGCACCAGUAUCACUCGUUACGACGUGGCAGUGGCGCAUUUUCGCAAUUACAACGACCGAUUCAAUCGCAGGGAAAGCCGCCGCACGCCACCAUCAUGGGCCUGACGAUAUCCAGCGUCCUCACGAAGCUCUUCGGCAAGAAGCAGAUGCGCAUUCUGAUGGUCGGGCUUGAUGCUGCCGGCAAGACCACAAUCCUGUACAAAUUGAAGUUGGGCGAGAUUGUGACGACGAUUCCAACGAUCGGCUUCAACGUCGAAACUGUCGAGUACAAGAACAUCUGCUUUACGGUGUGGGACGUCGGCGGUCAGGAUAAAAUCCGUCUUUUGUGGCGUCACUACUUCCAGAACACUCAGGGACUUAUCUUUGUGGUGGACUCCAAUGACAGGGAGAGGAUUGGGGAAGCUCAGAAGGAGCUACAGAAUAUGUUACAAGAGGACGAACUGCGUGAUGCAGUGCUGCUUGUAUUUGCCAACAAGCAGGAUCUACCAAACUCCAUGAAUGCUGCAGAACUCACAGAUCUUCUACAGUUGAAUCAGCUACGUAAUCGUCAAUGGUAUAUCCAGUCCACAUGUGCCACCCAAGGUGAAGGUUUGUAUGAGGGUCUAGACUGGUUGUCCAAUGAGUUGGCUAAGAAGUAAACUCAACCAGCCGAGAAAUAAGCAUGCCAACUGCGUUUUAGUUAACACACAACACACUCUUAUAUAUAAAGCAUAAUGCGUUUUGUUUUUUCAUAUAACGAAUCUCCGUCGAAUCAGCACUUCUUUAAUGUAACGUUUUUGGUUUGUGAUUGGCGGAUUUUCCUCAAAAUUUAGUAAUUAAAAUUGGUACAUAUUAAGCAUUUGAAACAUGUUAUUCUUAAGUUAAUUUCUAAUAUUCCUCUUUGUGAUUUAUGUAAGUAUUUAAUAAGAAAAAUACAAAAUUUAGACGAA